UUGGAUCUAGUCAAGUCAUAGUCUUAACCACGAUCUAUAUAUAAUUCUCAAUUCAUUUUCUCUUUCUUUCGCAAUAAUCUUAAACCCUCAGAAAACUCCGCCCAACAACAACGUUAACCGAAAAAAAAAACCACCUUUGUUGUUCUUUCCGCACAUGUUGAACCAUUUUGUCUGUGGCAGUUUCCAGCACCAAGAAGAAGAUGUUGCACCACCAUGUUCAAGCCCCAAGAGGUCCAAGAGAAGAAAAGAAAGUAGAAAUAACAACCCAUAUUCCGAUCGAGGCUUAGACAAAUUUUCAGCACUUUUGGCUGAUCUUGACGAGAGAAGGCAAAAGGUGUACUCUCAAACCAGUCCUCAGGAGAUAUCUUUGGUCCGGUUUGCCUAUUCGAGCAACGACGAUUUCGUUCCCAUAGUGGUCAAACUGAAAAACAAGGAUCAGAACAAGAAACACAACAGUGAAGAACUCAAAAUGACACACAUGACAUCUUUCUCGGAGCAAUUGGAGAAAUCGGCCGAAGAAGCAACCGUGGAAGAAAGGAAGCAACACAACAAAAAGUCGGAAUCUCAUAAGAAGAAAAAUUUUAGGUUUUCUUGGAAUAUGUUGAAGUGGCCUUCUUUCUAUGUGCCAGCGGUUGUUAUUUUGAUUUUGGUUUUUCUGAUUGUGUUUGGGAGAUCUGUUGCAACACUCUGCACUUGUGUUGUGUGGUAUGUGGUUCCCACGUUGAGUGAAUUUUACUAUGAUAGUUCGAAGCCAAGGAAAUCGGUGAUGAACUGGAAGAAGAGAGAUUACGUUUGGGGAUGGUUGAAUGACACGAAGAUGGUGAAUCCUGAAGAGUUAGGUUCUCCAAGAAGACGUGGUGAUUUCAAUGGCAAGAGUUCAGGGAAACACGGCCACCAGAAAAGCUGGUGAAGAUUGUUUAUCUGUGUAAAUAUGUGUAGUUUUUGUUGGUGACGUUCUUGAGACAGGUUCAAAUUUCAAUCCUUCUCUUGUUCACGUUUUGCCACUGUAAUUAAAUCUGAUCCUUGUACAUCUUGUUAAUAAUAUGGUUUUGUUAGAA